CAUCUCGUUGCGCCUGCUCGGUUCGGCGGUGGAACAUGGCGGCCGACAUGAGGCUGCUCGGGUUGGUGGAGGAGUUUGUGAGUGGAUUGCAGGACGGGGCGGCCAAGGACUUAGCCACAGAUCACUACAAAUCAAUGUGAAUAAUAAGGGUUGUGGAAGGCGUUAUACAAAUGCAAGCCUAAAUAUAAGCGAUGGAAGUGUCAUUGAUGGGAAGUGCACUGCACUGGAAAUUGUGGAAGCUUUGGGGAAAUGUUUGACGAAUUCUGAGCCAAGAAUAAGAAGCCGGGGGAUUCAGCUCCUCUCUCAGGUUUUGCUGCUGUCUUAUUCGUCUCUCAAACAAAGAGAAGUGGAGGCACUGGCUAUCUUCUAUAUAGAUCGACUGAAGGAUCAUUACAUUAUCACACCUUAUGUCUUGCAAGGGUUGAAAGCCUUGAGUAUGAGCUCUGUUCUGCCAGAAGGGUUGGCUGUAACAAUGUUGAAGGCACUGUUCCAGGAGGUACAUGUCCAGUCCCUGAUGCAAUCUGAUCGGCAUUCUGUGUACACCAUCAUCUCAAAUUUAAUGGAUACCAGAGAGCAAGAACUGAAGAGUUUGGCAGCAGACUUCACAUUUGGUUUUAUUCAAGCAAUGGAUGGAGAGAAGGACCCACGGAAUUUAUUAAUGGCUUUUCAAAUCUCCAGGGACAUCAUCAUCAACAAUUAUGAACUUGGGAACUUUGUGGAAGAGUUCUUUGAGAUCACUUCAUGCUAUUUUCCCAUUGAUUUUACACCGCCUCCAAAUGACCCACAUGGGAUAUCUCAAGAGGAGUUAGUGUUGAGCCUGCGAUCUGUACUUACUGCCACACCCCGGUUUGCAGAGUUCCUAAUGCCACUCCUGAUUGAGAAACUGGAUUCGGAUAUUCAGAGUGCCAAAGUGGAUUCCCUUCGGACUCUGACAACAUGCUGCAGAGAUUAUAGGAAGAAGGAGUUGAAAGAAUUCCUACCAGCUCUUUGGCACUCUAUACGCAGAGAGGUCUUUCAGACAGCAAGUGAAAAGGUUGAAGCUGAAGGUCUUGCUGCUCUCCAGGCACUAUCAACUAGUCUGUCCAAGUCAGUUAUCGAUUCGGAUGCAGAGGAUAGUCUGGAUGCAUUCCUCAAUAAUGUUCUACAGGAUUGCAAGCAUCAUCUGUGUGAACCAGACAUGAAACUCGUGUGGCCAAGUGCAAAGCUGCUCCAGGCAGCUGCGAGUGCUUCGUACAGAGCAUGCUCCAAGAUCAACAGCUGCAUAUUUCCUCUGUUGCUGGAACAAUUCAAUAAACAUAAACAGAGUAGCCAACGUUGGACAAUCUUGGGAAUUUUGAAAAUUUUCAUUAAACUAAUCCAAAAGUGGGACCGAGAUGAGGAAGAUGAGAAUCCCCUGUGUGCCUUUAAGGAUCAGCUUUGUAUCCUGGUAUUCUCUGCACUGACUGAUUCCAGUGUCCAACUGCAAAUGGUGGGGACUAGCACUUUGGCAGUUCUGGCAUCACAGCAAGAUUUGCUGUCUUCCUCCGACAUCGAGUUGAGUGUAGACCACUUGAACAGACUGAUCCUACAGGAGGCUGAUCCUCAAGUUUGUGCCGCAGCAUUGGAAGCUUCCACGAUCAUUUCUGCAAUCCAGCCCUCUGCUUUCGUCACUAAGAUGGUUCCAGCACUGACGCAAGAUUUAAAUACAGAACGGAUGGAAGUGAAGGAUGAUGGCGAACCUCUUGCACCGUCUGGUAAUGCUCUGCAUCAACGCAGUAUACAGGCUCUGGCUGCCAUUUCCACACACCCCAGUAUAGUGAAGAGGACAGUCCCAGUCCUGCUGCAGCAUUUGACCAAUUUACAGAAAGGGACUUCAGGCAAUGAAAGCGACAUGGCCAUCUUGAUGUGCCAGAGCCUGCAGCGAGUGGCAGAACACUGUCGGGGUGCUGAAGAGAGCAGCCAGUACUUUCACCAAAUGGUUGUUCCAUGCCUACUGGGACUGGCCAUCCAGACAGCUAUGCAAGACUGUGCAUCUGAGGUCCGGCUUGGCAUCCUGUGUGAGGAACAGGUAAUCACGGCGUUUGGGACCGUGAUCAGCACUGCCUACAGUGAUGGCGAGACAGAACGAGCUUCUAGAACAAUCUCCCAGAUUGUGGCCUUGUACCUUGAUGGGGAUGUCUCCUCCUUGCCUGAAAAUAACCUUUCCAGAAAGUUCCAGCCUUUUCAGUCACCGGAUUCUCCGUGGCCACAAACUCAGCUGAUUGCCCUUCUGCAGGCUGCUGUCUGCUCCCUGCCAAAGAAUAUAAUAGUACCACAACAGGAGAGGUUGUUGGAACGACUAAUGGAGCUAGCUUGCACCAGCGACCAUCGAUUCACUUACACGUCUGCUGCUAAAUGCAUUGCUGGCCUCAUCAACAAAUACCCUGCAGGUGAACAGUUGGACUCUGUUCUCCAGGAUGUGUUGAAAAAGAUUGACAGUGGGCUGGAGAGGAAUGCUGGAGUUUGUGCACAGGCUACUAGCAGGACCCGAGUUUUCACCUUACUGCUGUGGUUAACAAAAUCACUUGUGCUGCGCUAUCACUCUCUUGCUGCCACAUUGACUGACAAGCUGAUACAGCUGCUCACUGACCCCGAUCUGGGAACUGAGGCAGCGGACGGAUUCUCCGUCUUGGUCAGUGACUCCUCGGAUGUCCUGAACAAGGCCACUCACGCCGACAUUCGCAUCAUGUACCGGCAGCGAUUCUUCACCGAGAACGUCCCCAAACUGGUCCAGGGCUUCCACUCAGCCAGUGAAGAUAAUAAGUCGAACUACCUGAAGGCACUUUCUCACGUGUUGAACAGUCUUCCGAAGCAGGUCCUGAUGACAGAGCUCCCGUCGCUGCUGACUCUGUUGUUGGAGGCUUUGUCGUGCUCAGACCAGGUGGUCCAGUUGUCCACACUGGGCUGUUUGCAUCCUCUUUUGCUGGACGCCACUCAGACCAUGAGCUUGCAUGUAGAUACUUUAGUGAACAAAUUGCUCAAUCUGACUUCCAGCCCUGCCAUGAAAGUCCGUAUUGCAUCCUUACAGUGCAUGCAUGCACUGACUAAGCUGCCACCACAUGUGAUCCUGCCCCACAAAUCCCGGGUAAUCCAAGCCCUGGCUAAACCCUUAGAUGACAAGAAGCGACUGGUGAGGAAGGAAGCAGUCAGAGCUCGGGGAGAAUGGUUUCUUUUAGGGAGCCCAGGCAGUUGAUGCGCAUCCACCUGACCAGAGAGAGAGAGAGAGAAAGACGACAAUCAGACGAGGCCUAGCCUGUCCGGCACAUUUACAACCAGUGGCCUGUUCAACUUAACAUUCCAAGCCCCCACAAAAAUAACACAAUAAAAAUUAAAUCCAGUUUUUCUUACAAAAGAAAAA